AUGCUGGAGGCGGGUACCGUCCAUGAGAAGAACACAACCAACAUUUUGGUCAAAAACUUUUACGAUUUUAUCGUCGGAGCCUGGAUCUACUUCUUUGUCGGCUUUGCCUUCUCCUAUGGCGGUUUUGGCGGCAACGAUUUCAUUGGCGGCGACGAAGGCGUGGGUUUUGCGCUUCACGACGUGGAUAUCUGCGAGUAUGCCGGCUUUUUCUUCCAAUUCACCUUUGCCGCUACUGCCACCACCAUUGUGAGUGGUGCCGCUGCCGAGCGCGUCUCCAUCACCGCCUACUUUAUCUAUUCGCUCGUCAUUACCGGCUUCAUCUACCCCGUGGUGGUGUACUGGACCUGGUCUGGCAACCCGUGGUUGACGAUUGGUCGCGAUGGCAAUGGCUACACGGACUUUGCCGGCUCUGGUGUCGUCCACAUGACUGGUGGUGCCUGCGCCCUUGUCUGCGCGGCCAUGCUCGGCCCCCGCCUUCGUCGCAAGGGCGCCGACGGCCAGCUCAUCGAUCUCUAUCCUCACUCGGCACCGCUCGUGGCCCUCGGUACCUUCAUUCUCAUUUUCGGCUUCUUCGCCUUUAAUGCUGGCUCCACCCUGGGUAUCGUGGAUCCCACUGGUGCCACCGGUGCCGUUGCUGGCCUUGCCGCCACCAACACCAUCAUGGCUGCUGCCGGUGGUGGUCUCAUCACUGGCCUCGUGGGCAAGUUCCGCACCGGUCACAUCAGCCUCUCCAUCACCGCCAACGGCAUCAUUGCGGGCAUGGUUGCCAUCUGUGCCGGUGCCGGCUCGGUCAUGCCGUGGGCCGCACUCAUCAUUGGUGUCGUGGCCGGCUUUGUCUACCUUGCCUGGUCCGUGGCCCUCGUGCGCUUUGGCAUUGAUGACGCCCUCGACGCCGUUCCCGUGCAUCUCGGCGCUGGCUGGUGGGGUCUCGCCGCCCAGCCCCUCUUCGCCCAUCGCACUGGCAUCUUCUAUGAUGGUAGCGACGCCGAUGCCUGGCGCCGCCUGGGCUGGAACCUGGCUGGUUCCAUCGUCAUCUUUGUCUGGGCCACCGGAACCAGCCUUGUCAUGUUCUACGUUAUUGACAAGCUCGACAUGCUGCGCGUUGACGAAGAGACCGAAAUGGCUGGCCUGGACCACAAGGAGCAUGGCCAUCCCGCCUACGAUUACGCCUACACCUUGAAGCAUUCGGCUCACCACGAUGUUGAUGCCAAGCCGACCGAGACUCAGUUUCCUGCCAAGUCCACCGGGGCCUUUGCCACUGACUCGGUUUAA